AUGACUACCACAAUACCACCACCAUCCCAAGAACAACAAGCCACUCCAUCAACACCAGAAAUGAUAGCAACAACACCCCUUCCCCCCUCCGCCCUCACAACCCUCCUCUCAUCCACCACAACACCACCACCGACCCCCCUCUCCGCAAACACCCUCCAAAUCCUGCACAACCUCCAACACCAACACCUGUGGACCUCCCUGCGCGUGCACGACCUCCACCUCCCCAGCAACUCCAAACAGCAACAACCCCUCUACCUCAUCUCCGGCAUUCCCCCGCACCAUCUCUACAUCCACCCGGACGAGCAACUCUUCAUGCUGGAGCGCGGGCUGCGCGAAGACGACGUCGAGCUAGAGCGCAUGUUCGUCCUCCCCACGGUUCAGGGCGAGUCAUGGACGCUGCGCAAGUUGGCGGGAGUGUUUGAUUCGUUACCUGAGGGUAGCGGGGAAGGAGAAGUACUGGAAGGAGGAGGAGGGGCAGGGGAGAAGGCGGAGAAGUUGAGGGAGUAUUAUGAGUAUCGGGGGAAGGCAAGGGCUACGAAGGAGUGGGGUGGGAAGAGGUUGUUGUUGGCUAUGGUGGAUAGGAGGAUGGGGGGUGAUGGGACAGUGGUGUAUUAUGUUGUGCAGGAUGGUGCGGUGAAACCGAGGCAGAAUUAA